GGGGAGUUGGCCGAAAGACCUGCGGCGGGUCAGCCUUGGUAGCCGUUCUGGCCUGGUCUCCCUCCGCGGCUGACUGAGCGCUCAGUCUGGCACCAUGGGGAAGCGGGACAAUAGGGUGGCCUAUAUGAACCCAAUAGCAAUGGCCAGAUCUAGGGGUCCAAUCCAGUCUUCAGGUCCAACGAUCCAAGAUUAUCUGAAUCGACCAAGGCCUACCUGGGAAGAAGUGAAAGAACAGCUAGAAAAGAAAAAGAAAGGCUCCAAGGCAUUGGCUGAAUUUGAAGAAAAAAUGAAUGAGAACUGGAAGAAAGAACUAGAAAAACACAGGGAGAAAUUAUUAAGUGGAAGUGAGAGCUCAUCCAAAAAAAGACAGAGAAAGAAAAAAGAAAAGAGGAAAUCUGGUAGGUAUUCAUCUUCUUCAUCAAGCUCUGAUUCUUCCAGCAGUUCUUCAGAUUCUGAAGAUGAGGAUAAGAGACAAGGAAAAAGGAAAAAGAAAAAGAAGAGUCGUUCACAUAAAUCUUCUGCAAGUUCCAUGUCAGAAACUGAAUCAGACAGUAAGGAUAGUUUAAAAAAGAAAAAGAAGCCAAAGGAUGCAACUGAGAAAGAAAAGGAUAUUAAAGGACUCAGCAAAAAAAGAAAAAUGUAUCCCGAAGAUAAACCUUUAUCAUCUGAGUCCCUUUCAGAAUCAGAUUAUACUGAGGAGGUACGAGCAAAAAAGAAGAAAAGCAGUGAAGAACGGGAAAAAACAACAGAAAAAACAAAAAAGAGAAAGAAGCAUAAGAAACACAGUAAGAAGAAGAAAAAGAAGGCUGCUAGUUCAAGUCCUGACUCACCAUAACAUUAAGAAGAAUCAGGAUUCAUUUAUAAAGUGCAAUGUCUAAAGGAAAUUUCAACUGUGAAAAUUAUGACAUAUUUACUAAAAUGCAUGAAUUUUCUUGUUUUUAGAAUUAUUCCUGGACUAUCAGUAGCCACUCAGAUGCCGCUGUGUGAAAGGGCCAUAAUUGUUGCCUGCUGCUUGAACAUCUGUUUUUUUCUCUUCCAGUGCUUAUUAACUCUGGGAGAUAGUACACUGCAGUCAUACUAGUGGUUAAGAUAUUUGGGAAUAAAGUUAAUAUUUUUGACUCAAAGUCUCUAAUGAUAAAUCAACAGAAACUGAGUCUGGAUACAUCAUUAAGAUGUAAUCAGAGAUGACCAGAUGACUCUAGUUAACAUUUUUUGAAGUAGGGAUUACGUUGAUGUUUAAAAAUCCUUACUCUGUAGAUAAGUGUAUUUUAAUUUUUUCCCCUUGUAUACUUUUAUUUACCUGGGGAAGGACCUUUUAGGGGUGGGGGUGUGGGUGUGGUUUGAUAUCACUUUAGCUAGCAGAAUAGUGUGCCUUUAUCCUCAUACAUCUUAUUUUUGUGGACACAGUAGCCAUGCUUCACGGGAGAGUCAGAGCUGGGUAUGGUAGUCUUGCCCUUUACUGAGCUUAGUGACAUCCUUGGACUCUGUUGUAUGCUACUUUGAGUGAACCAGAGAAAUAGCCUUUUGCAGCAUGAGAGUGCCCCAAAAGCUCUGGGAUUUACCUCCACUUCAAUAAUACUGAAUGUUUUUUAGCAUUAGAAUGUGUUAUAACAUUUGAACUAAUUUUGACUACACUUUGGCUUUGAAAAGGAAUCAUUUCAAAUAGACACUGGUACUUUUUGAACUUAAUAGCUAAAGAUUCUAAAAUGCAUGUUUUAUAUUGCUGUUUUAACCAGUCGGGAAAAUUUUAUCUGACCAGUGAUAGUUCUUUUAUUUUUUGUAUGAGUUUUGUUUAGGCUAUAAUGUUUAGCUUUUUAUUAACUCCUUAUUCUUGCUAUCCUAAAUUCCUUACUGUGUUUAACAGCAUACUUGCCAAGAUAUUUAGCAUGUAAAAAGCAGGUUUUUGAUUUUUUUUUUUUUUUUUUUUUUAACAGCUUCAUAUUGAAGCUGAGACUUAACCAUAAAUAAGUUGAGUGGCAGGCCUGGUAUGCUGUAGCUCUUGUUACAUAAAACUAUUGCCAGAAUCUUAGUAAAUACAAUGUUUUAAAGGUUUGUCUUUGUAUAUUCACAAAAGAUUAUGACAAGUUAAAUUUAAGUGAGAAUUACAUAUUUGCUUUUCCUGUGUCAUAUUUUACUAAGAUUUUGUGCCUCAUAUCUCCUGCUGAAUUGUUUACUAGUAAUGUUAAAAAGAAUUGAUAAAUCAUUUUCACUUUACAUUUUUAUAUAAUCAGGUAACACGAAAUAUAAUUUGAUGUACAAUUUUGCCUGUUACAGCGGGUGUACUAAUUGUAGUGGUAUAUGCACAAAACAUUUUGGCAUGACAAGAAGCUGAAUAAAUAGCUAUUUUACUUAAAA